AUACAUGUAGGUACGACAUCGAGGGUAGGUGCUGGAGAGAAUUACGUGGAUAAUUGCCCUUUUAAGCUUAGACCAGAUUCUCAUCUUCUAGUACAUACAUAGAAGGUACCGGCCUACAAAUUGCGGUACAGGUACCUUGCGUCGCGUUUGGAGCUUUCAAAGUGUGAUGACAGCAUUUUCUAAUUAUUCUAAUCCCCGUCAUCAAUCAGCCUUGCAGCUAAGCUUUUUAGUAAUCUUUCUUACCAUUUUGCAGCCUUCCCAAGCUACUUGUUUGUCUUUGUCUUAUAUCUUUCCCCAAAACUCAUUGGAACAGCAAUCGUUGAAUGCGACACUAUGAAUCAGAUACGCGCCAUCCAAGCGCUAAACAAACGCGAGAUUGAGAAUGGGGUAUCGCCAGAAGCCUCCUGGCAUACCGACUACCGCGACACCGCCUUCGUCAACUUUGGUGGUCUGCCGUACGAACUGUCGGAGGGUGACAUCAUCACGAUAUUCUCGCAGUACGGAGAGCCCGUCUUCCUAAAGCUCGCGCGGGACAAGGAAACGGGCAAGAGCAAAGGAUUCGGCUGGCUAAAGUACGAGGAUCAGCGCAGUACGGAUUUGGCUGUGGACAACUUAGGAGGCGCCGAGAUCAACGGCCGCCUAGUUAGGGUCGACCACGCCCGAUACAAGCCCCGCGACGAUGAGGACCCCGAGGAAUUUAAAGUUGGUUGGGAAGACAUCAUGCGCCGCGAGAAGGCCGCUAAGGGUGAGGAUGUAGAUAUGGAAGACGCUAGUGAGGAAGAGGAAGAGGAGAGACGCCCGAUGAUCAAAGAGGAGAUAGAGCUAGCGAAGCUCAUCGAAGAACACGACGAGGACGACCCUAUGAAGGGCUUCUUGAUCGAGGAGAAGAAGAAAGAAGUCGAAUUAGCAUUAAGAAAGGAAAGCGGGCGUAAAGGGGGGAAGGAUAGGAAAGAUAAGCAUCGGCAUCACCACCAUUCCCAUAGAUCUAAGAGAGACGAUAGGGACAACAAGGAGCGCGAUCACCACAGGAGAUCUAGACGGGAUGAAACACCGGUUGGGAAAGGCAGUCGAGAACGGGAUGAGACGCCUCCAAGACGAAGGAAUGAUUCUAGAGAUCGCGAGCGGAAAAGAAGGGACGAUGACCGCGACCGCGAUCGACGUCGUGAUAGGGAACGAAGAGACCGAGACAAUAAGGACAAAACCGAUAAGGACAGGCGCGAGAAGCAUUCUCGCCGCUACGACGACGAGGAUAGGGAUAAGGACCAAGAACGUAAAAGUAGACGAAGUAGAAGCAGGUCUCCACGUUCGUAUAGAGAUUGA